UUUUUCCAUACAAAUUCAGAAGAUGCAGCGAAUCACAUCAGUGAAAAUCCCACCUGUGUCCUGUUUUGGUAUCAUGUGAUUCAUCUGUUAGCAUACUUUCCUUGAAUGUUAUCAGGAACUGUAUUUUCCUGAUAAUUCCGUAACAAGUGUGUCCUCCUUGUAAGACCAGAAAGGAAGAUUCCAGCCUAGGCAAGAAGAACACGUAACAAUUUGGUGUUCUUGCAUAUUUUUGUUCCUCGAUGAUGUUGAGGACAUACAGUGGAGAGUUUUACUUGAGAAGAGCUUCUAGUGGAGAAUUAAACCUUGGUUCACCCCUCAGCAAUGUAGCUAUAAGACAGAGAUACAAUCAGGGAUAUGCAUCCAAUGAUGAAGAUGCUGAGGAUGGUGCAUGUUCAGAGACGUCGUCAUACUCAUCUAUGCACAUUACUUUACGACCACAUACAUGGACCGAUAUAUUUCAGAACAUCAUUUGGAUUGUCUCUGCAUCUUUCAUUGUCUACUUGGGAGACUGCAACACAAAUCUUGUCUCUAUCUUGUUGUGGGAUGAAAGAAUCAAAAGGAUGGCUUUGUACCUCGGGCUUAUCGGUAGCUUCUUGAAUGUGGGGAUAAUAUUGCAUGCAAUCUCGUCGUUAAAAUACUCAUGGACUAGUGAAAAAUACAAAGCAUUACCUCCCACAGCACCGGCAAUGGUUUUUCUCGGUAUCAUCUCAUUCUGCUUGUUUUCAUAUGCCUUAUGGCCUGUAUGGAGCUUCUUUACUAUUCCACUGGUGAUUACAUUGUUUAUGACCUUCAUGGUUGUAUCACCAUAUCGGCUACAUGUUCCGCGAUACCCUCAUUAUGCAGCGCCUCGUGCUGAUUGACUUAUUACCAACAUUUUUGUUGAUGAGGAUUUUGAAGCAUUUUGAGGAGGAUUCCAGUGAUAAAUUCUUUCCAAUUCAUUUCAGUACAGUGUUGAUCAAAUUGGCUAAUCAGAUAGAUAUUUCUUUUUUUUUGCUCCCCAUAAAGAUAGAUACAUACUAAUCAUUCUCAAUUCGU